ACCAAACGCGUGGGACAAAGUGUGAUUACUUUGUUGUUUAUAGUCACUCUCUUUAGGAGAGAGGGGGAAAGAGUAAGAGCGUUGUUUGUCGCUUUUAAAAAUGGCCGACCAUAAUCGACGCAGGCUCCUGGAGCUCCUCAAAGUUCCCGGGAACGGAGAGUGUGCGGACUGCGGAAAGAAAGAUCCAGAAUGGGCGUCGUACAACCUCGGUGUGUUCCUGUGCACGGAAUGCGCCGGCAUCCACCGAAGCCUGGGUUCCCACGUGAGCCGGGUGCGCUCGUUACGGCUCGACAAGUGGGAUGACGAGCAGGUCGAUGAACUCGCGGCCGUGGGCAACAUUGUUGCCAAGGCGAAGUACGAAGCCAAUGUCCCAGCCUGCUACCGCCGGCCCCUUGCAGAUGACGUUGCCGUCGUCAAGGAACAGUGGGUGCGAGCAAAGUACGAGCGCGAGGAAUUCGUGCACCAGGACCGCCAAGUUUACCAAGACGGCCGCAUGGAAGGAUGGCUCAACAAGCAGGGAAAGGAGGACGGCCGCUUCCACCCGCGGCGGUUUGUGCUCAGCGACGGCGUGCUCAAGUACUACGUCAAAGAGUCCCACAAGGAGCCCAAGGCAUCUAUUCCGGUGUCGGAAAUCAACGCCGUCUUCUGUCCCGAAAAGAUCGGCAACAAGCACGGGCUUCAGCUGAGCUACGUCAAGGACGGCUCGACGCGUAACAUUUUUGUCUACAGCGAAGACGGCAAGACAAUCGUGGACUGGUACAGCGCGCUGCGGGCGGCCAAGCUGCAUCACCUGCAGGUGGCCUUCCCGGGUGCCAAGGAGUCCCAGCUGGUGCCCCACCUGACACGCGACUUCCUCAAAGAGGGCUGGCUGUGGAAGUCUGGACCAAGGCCCGCCGACCAGAAUCGGCGCCGCUGGUUCACCUUGGAUGACCGGAAGUGGAUGUACCACGAGGACCCGCUGGAUGCCUACCCCAAGGGCGAGAUCUUUCUGGGCCACCGCAGCGAGGGCUACUCCGUCCAGACCGGGGCGCCGCACGCGUUCAAGGAGAUGCCGUUCUCCUUCACGGUCACUACGCCGCAUCGCAAGUUUGUCAUGGGCGCCGAGAGCGACCGCGACCGGGCCGAGUGGAUCGCGCUGUUGCAGAAGGUGAUGGAGCGGCCCCUGACGCCCCAGGACACCAACAUGGCAGCCACGCUCGUGAGGAAGCGGCCGUCCCUCUCCUCCUCACUCCAAAUCCUCAAGGUCAGGUGACCUGCUCGUCGGCACACAAAGGUCACCUUUCUCAAGGGUCAAACCAAAGGUCGUCGCACUUUGUCGCCAUCACUGCUACGCCGUCGUUGUCUUGGCCGCAGCAAGCCGUGGGCCAAUAGACAUUCCGGUUUCGAACGAAAAAUUCAGCAGCAGCAGCUGUCUAAACUCCUUCGCAAAGCUCUCACAGCCGUUGCUCACAUCUGCUAGUCGAUUAGCACGAUCUUUUGUUACUACCAAUUUUUUUAACUAGUAGCACUUAGCUUCGCAGCAGGUCUGUAUUGCUACUAGUAAAUAUCUACUGCUUUUUUUUUUAUUCUAAAUUAAUAAAGAGUAAGGUGCGGCUGUGAAGUUUGAUAGUCAGGCUCAAAAAGAUUUAAGAACAGUCGUUUUGACUUCAAGAUGUCGUGAGUGUCAGGAAUUCAUUCUACGCGCUAAUCACGUUUCUUAACUGGCCUACAAUACUUGGGCAGCUAAAAUAGAUGGUCAACGUGAAACCACAUUUACUUAUUUUAACUUCAUGCUGCUGGCAAUGUAUAUAUAUAUAUAUAUAUAUAUUGUGCUUCUUUUCAGAUAGUGUGCAUGUAUAUGUCAAAAUCUUAAUAUAAUCAAAGAGAUAACUUUAAAAUUAUUGUUUUUAUAACUUCGGGUGCAUUCUCCUGAUUACUGAAAGGAAAAAAAAAAUACCAUUGUGCAACCAAUGGAAGCAUGAAAAUGCAUAAAAAAAACCAAGAUGGCAGCUAGGCAGGAUAGAAAGAGUCGAGAGCUGAAUAACCAAAACGCAUACGGGCUCAAUGAUCACAUCAGUGACAAGCGUACGUUUUUCUGAGCAGAUUUUGUUGUAGGUCUUGCCUAAGCUAAACUUCUAAUUAUCUUGGAUAUGGCCUCAUUUUUUGUCUCAAGACAAAGUAAAUUUUCUAGGCUGUAGUUAGCUUCUCUACAAAGAUACCAGUGUGUGUUUCCUUUGUAUCUUCAUGAUAAUGAUUUUAUUACUUGCUAGGACAAUAAUUACUUUCAAUUUUAUUCAGCGUUGUACGAUUUUUGACACGCCGAGACUCCCUGCAGCUUUGAAAAAAGAACCUAUGUGUGCCAUACCUUGUUGGUU